AUGGUUAUGACAUUAUGGUCUCUAUCUGGAAUCCGACUCUUCCUUAUUGGAUGGAUUCUUACUUCUAUUACUAACUUCCCUGCAGCAUAUACCCAUACCUCCAUUAAUACAGCUGUUAUUGAAUUGAACAAGUAUAUCAACGAAUCCUUCACUGACCGUUUCCGUCCACUACAAAUAGAAGAGGUGUCAUUGAUCAAAUCUGGUGUUAAUAGCGUCUGGUAUGUGGGACAAAUUGGCGGUGCCAUAAUUAGUCCUAUUGUAUGUGAUAGAUGGGGACGUAAAGUUGCUUUCAUCGUUUCCGUUGUAAUGAUGACAUCCGCCUUAGGAAUACAGAUGUUGGCAUCUUUAACCCCUUACGUUGAGAUUCUUGUAACUGGACGGAUUAUUACUUCCAUUUUCUCUCCAUUGAGUGAUGCAGCUCUGAUGCUCUAUCUUCAAGAGAUAUCUCCAGCCAGUCUAAGAGGAACAAUGUCUUCUCUUUUCUCAACAGGAUAUGCCGUCAUGUGUUUGUUUGGAAUGGUAAUUGGGCAUGAAAAUGUGUUAGGUCAUUCGCUUCCUCUUCUUUUCUUUGUCCCUCUUCUUCCUGGUCUUAUUUCCUUCAUCUAUCUGCUUUUCCUACCUGAAACGCCUAAGUAUUUGAUCUUGAAGAGAAAUGACAAGGAGGAAGCUGUGAAAGCUUUACAGUUCUUCCAAGGAAGUAAUGCGGAUGAGACACAGUUGUUGGUCGCGAACCAUAGCAGCAAUGAGUCUGUCAAAGAAUCUUCUAUCUUUGCUAUUCCUAAACUGCUAAGGGAACGUCAUCUCAUGAGAGCUUUCAGUAUGUCAGUUGCUGUUCUCAUUUUGACUCUACCAUUCUAUCCCGUUUUGCAAAGCAGCACAUUCUUCUUUACCCAUUUACAUGUUCCAAAUGCUGUCGCCCAAUGGUCAUCGUCUCUUUUAAUGGUAUUACUAACUGUCUGCUGCCUGACGUCCACAGCUAUCGUUGAUAAACUUCCAAGACGAUUCAUGCUUCUUACAGCUGGUACUUGCAGUAUUCUGGCGCUCUCUCUCUUCUCUUUAGCGUCUGUGCUGCAACUGAAAUACCUUGCUGUUGGCGCUAUUUUCACAUUCAUUCUAUCGUAUGGAUUGGGUAUUGGUCCUGUUGCAUGGUUCAUUUGCCCCGAGUUGGUUCCAUUACAACAUCGUUCAGUUAUGUUCUGCUUGUGUUAUGCAGUUCAUAGUUGUUUGGUUGUUAUUACUAACUUCACAAUAAUUCCUCUAUUUACGAUAAUUGGUGGUUUAUCAUUCAUCCCAGUUUACAUAAUUCCAUGUUCUCUCUCAGUUUUGUACAUCUAUCUGUACUUACCUGAGACAAAAGGACGUGAGAAUCAUGAUAUUGUCAAUCAGCUUCGUGGAACUAAGCAAAAAUCAACAAACAUUCCAACCGUUUAA